AUGACCUACAACAAUCCAGCGGAAGCACUUCGAGUGGCAGCCCAGGACCUACAUACAUCCAGCGGAAGCACUUCAGUGCAGCAACAGGAACACAACAUCCAGCGGAAGCACUUCGAUUGGCAGCACAGUACCUACAACAUCCAGCGGAAGCACUUUCGAAGUUCAGCAACCGGACCUCCUCCAGCGGAAGCACUUCGGUGGCAGCAACCGGACCUACAACAUUCCAGCGGAAGCACUCGAGUGGGCAGCACAGGACCUACAACAUCCAGCGGAAGCACUUCGAGUGGCAGCACAGGACCUACAACAUCCAGCGGAAGCACUUCGAGUGGCAGCACAGGACCUACAACAUCCAGCGGAAGCACAUCGAGUGGCAGCACAGGACCUACAACAUCCAGCGGAAGCACUUCGAGUGGCAGCACAGGAUCUACAACUUCCAGUGGAAGUACCACAGGAUCCACCGGUUCAACCACUACUGGAACUACCACUGGAACUAGUACUGGAACAACCACUGGAACAACCUCAGGUACAACAACUGGAACAACUACUGGAACUACCACAGGUACAACAACUGGAACUACCACAGGCACAACUACAGGUACUACCACAGGGACAACAUCAGGUACUACAACAGGCACAUCUACAGGAACCACCACAGGAACAACAACAGGUACUACCACAGGCACAACUACAGGUACUACCACAGGUACUACCACAGGCACUACCACAGGUACUACCACUGGAACAACAACAGGUACUACCACUGGCACUACUACAGGAACUACAACUGGAACAACCACAGGUACUACCACUGGAACAACCACAGGAACUAACACUGGAACAACCACUGCAACUACCACAGGAACUACCACAGGUACUACCACUGGAACAACCACAGGCACUACCACAGGAACUACCACUGCAACUACCACAGGAACUACCACAGGAACCACCACAGGUACUACCACUGCAACGACUACAGGAACUACCACUGGAACCACCACAGGCACUACCACUGCAACGACCACAGGAACCACAACUGGAACUACCACUGCAACUACCACAGGUACAACAACAGCAACCACCACUGGAACUACUACAGGAACUACCACAGGAACAACCACUGGAACUACCACUGGAACAACCACAGGUACUACCACAGGAACUACGACUGGAACAACCACAGGUACUACCACUGCAACUACCACAGGUACUACCACAGGUACUACCACUGCAACGACCACAGGAACUACCACUGGAACCACCACAGGCACUACCACUGCAACGACCACAGGAACCACAACUGGAACUACCACUGCAACUACCACAGGCACAACAACAGCAACCACCACUGGAACUACUACAGGAACUACCACUGACACCACAACGGGCACUACAACUGGAACUACCACAGGAACAACCACUGGAACUACCACUGGAACUACCACUGCAACUACCACAGGAACUACUACAGGAACAACCACUGCAACUACCACGGAUACUACCACUGCAACAACCACUGGAACUACUACAGGUACUACCACUGGAACCACAACAGGAACUACCACUGGAACUACUACAGACACUACUACGGGUACUACCACUGCAACUACCACAGGAACUACUACAGGAACAACAACAGGAACUACCACGGAUACUACCACUGCAACUACAACUGGAACAACCACUGGAACAACCACUGGAACUACUACAGGUACUACCACUGGAACCACCACAGGAACUACCACUGCAACUACUACAGGAACUACUACAGGAACAACCACUGCAACUACCACGGGUACAACAACAGCAACCACCACUGGAACUACUACAGGAACUACCACUGACACCACAACGGGUACUGCAACUGGAACUACUACAGGAACAACCACUGGAACUACCACUGCAAACUACACGAAACUACUACAGAAACUACAAAACCUGGAACGACUAACAGAUACUACUACGGGUACUACCACUGCAACUACUACAGGAACUACUACAGGAACAACCACUGCAACUACCACGGAUACUACCACUGCAACUACCACAGGAACUACCACUGGAACUUCUACAGAUACUACUACGGGUACUACCACUGCAACUACUACAGGAACUACUACAGGAACAACCACUGCAACUACCACGGAUACUACCACUGCAACUACCACAGGAACUACAACUGGAACUACUACAGAUACUACUACGGGUACUACCACUGCAACUACUACAGGAACUACUACAGGAACAACCACUGCAACUACCACGGGUACAACAACAGCAACCACCACUGGAACUACUACAGGAACUACCACUGACACCACAACCGGUACUACAACUGGAACUACUACAGGAACAACCACUGGAACUACCAUUGCAACUACCACAGGAACUACUACAGGAACUACCACUGACACCACAACGGGUACUACAACUGGAACUACUACAGGAACAACCACUGGAACAACCACUGCAACUACCACGGAUACUACCACUGCAACUACCACUGGAACAACCACUGGAACUACUACAGGUACUACCACUGGAACUACUACAGAUACUACUACGGGUACCACCACUGCAACUACUACAGGAACUACUACAGGAACAACCACUGCAACUACCACAGAUACUACCACUGCUACUACCACCGGAAACAACCAACUGGGAAACAACCACAGGAACUUACCACUGGAAAAAACUACUGACAGAGACUACACUGGAAAUACUACUAGGGAUACAACUACCGGGAAAACAACCACUGCAACUACCACGGAUACUACCACUGCAACUACCACAGGAACUACCACUGGAACUACUACAGAUACUACUACGGGUACUACCACAGCAACUACUACAGGAACUACUACAGGAACAACUACUGCAACUACCACAGGUACAACAACAGCAACCACCACUGGAACUACUACAGGAACUACCACUGACACCACAACCGGUACUACAACUGGAACUACUACAGGAACAACCACUGGAACUACCACUGCAACUACCACAGGAACUACUACAGGAACAACCACUGCAACUACCACGGAUACUACCACUGCAACUACCACUGGAACAACCACUGGAACCACCACAGGAACUACCACUGGAACUACUACAGAUACUACUACGGGUACUACCACUGCAACUACUACAGGAACUACUACAGGAACAACCACUGCAACUACCACGGAUACUACCACUGCAACUACUACAGGAACUACCACUGGAACUACUACAGAUACUACUACGGGUACUACCACUGCAACUACUACAGGAACAACUACUGCAACUACCACUGGAACAACCACUGGAACUACUACAGGUACUACCACUGGAACCACCACAGGAACUACCACUGGAACUACUACAGAUACUACUACGGGUACUACCACUGCAACUACUACAGGAACUACUACAGGAACAACCACUGCAACUACCACGGAUACUACCACUGCAACUACCACAGGAACUACCACUGGAACUACUACAGAUACUACUACGGGUACUACCACUGCAACUACUACAGGAACUACUACAGGAACAACCACUGCAACUACCACGGGAUCAACCACAGCUACCACCACAGGUACCACUACGGAUACCACAACUGCAACAACCGCUGCAACAACCACUCCUACCACCACAGCUACAACUACAGAUACCACAACUGCAACAACCACUGCAACUACCACUCCUACCACCACAGCUACCACUACAGAUACCACAACUGCAACAACCACUGCAACUACCACCCCUACCACAACAGCUACAACUACGGAUACUACAACUGCAACAACCACUGCAACUACCACUAUUACCACCACAGAUACAACUACGGCAACCACCACAGAUACCACAACUGCAACAACCACUCCAACUACCACUCCUACAACCACAGCUACCACUACAGAUACCACAACUGUAACUACCACUCCUACCACCACAGCUACCACCACAGAUAGCACAACUGUAACUACCACUCCUACCACCACAGUUACCACUACGGAUACCACAACUGCAACAACCACUGCAACUACUACUCCUACCACAACGGCUACCACUACAGAUACCACAACUGCAACAACCACUGCAACUACCACUCCUACCACCACAGCUACCAGUACGGAUACCACAACUGUAACUACCACUCCUACCACCACAGCUACCACUACAGAUACCACAACUGCAACAACCACUGCAACUACCACUCCUACCACUACAGCUACCACUACGGAUACCACAACUGUAACUACCACUCCUACCACCACGGCUACUACAACAGAUACCACAACUGCAACAACCACUGCAACCACCACUCCUACCACCACAGCUACCACUACAGAUACCACAACUGUAACUACCACUCCUACCACCACAGCUACCACAACGGAUACCACAACUGCAACAACCACUGCAACUACCACCACAGCUACCACUACAGAUACCACAACUGCAACAACCACUGCAACUACCACUCCUACCACUACAGCUACCACUACUGAUACCACAACUGUAACUACCACUCCUACUACCACAGCUUCUACAACAGAUACCACAACUGCAAACACCACUGCAACUACCACUCCUACCACGACAGCUACCAUUACGGAUACCACAACUGUAACUACCACUCCUACUACCACAGCUACUACAACAGAUACCACAACUGCAAACACCACUGCAACUACCACUCCUACCACGACAGCUACCACUACUGAUACCACAACUGUAACUACCACUCCUACCACCACAGCUACCACAACGGAUACCACAACUGCAACAACCACUGCAACUACCACCACAGCUACCACUACGGAUACCACAACUGCAACAACCACUCCAACUACCACCACAGCUACUACUACGGAUACCACAACUGCAACAACCACUGCAACUACCACUCCUACCACUACAGGUACCACUAUAACUACCACAACUGGACCCGCCGGUGCAAAUAACAAUUGA